CAUACAUGUUCAUUGUUGGAUGCUACAUACUAACAAAUCAGAGAGUAUCCUUAAACAUGGGGGACGCACGCGGACAAGGCACUACGAGACAGAAAGUGUCGCUGGUAGAACAAGUCAAAUUCAUGCGAGAAAAUGGCAGAGACGAAGAGCUGGCACGAAUGAAGGCUUCACUCAGCACAAGCAGGCCUGUGGAAGCAAUGACGAGACAAACAGAGGAAAAGAUAUACAAAGCCACGGAAAAUGUCUCCAAGUCCAUCUUCAUGCUUGCGCACGAGCCUUCCAUCGGACUAAACCGUAUCAUGGAGCACGUGGGCAACUCAGUACCGCGCUUCGCCGAGAAGAAAUACGCGCUGAAACAGGACAUUGAGCGCUUACAGGGAACGGUGUUUGAUGCCACGUUCUCUUUGGAGACUCUCAAGGGUAUCGGGGCGGCGUCUGGUCGGUUCCAGAGCAUGUCCGACAUACUCACCGAAACCACCAGAGAGUUGGAAUCAUCUUCAUCUGCGACGAAACUCGCGGAGAGGAAGCCGUAAGCACCAUACCCCACAUACUCCACACACAGCUGAUAUAUCAAGCAUCACCAAUGGUACCUAUGGUACCUAUAAGGCGCUUCAGCAUCAAUAGGCUGCCAGUGGAAGUACAUGAACAUGUCACAGACACAGCC